AUGACCCUUUUGCUUGGACCUCCAGGAUGUGGAAAAACAACAUUGUUGUCAUCUCUAGCAGGGAAGCUUAAUCAAUCUCUCAAGGUAUUUAGGGAUAUUACCUACAAUGGUUCUAAACUAGAUGGAAUAAAGCUAGCAAAAACCACAGCUUACAUUAGCCAACACGACUUGCAUAUUCCUCAAAUGACAGUUAGGGAAACUCUGGACUUCUCAGCAAGAUAUCAAGGCGUAGGGGACAGAGCAAGUAUCAUGGCAGAAGUGGUAAGAAAAGAGAAGAAGGCAGGCAUUGCUCCAGAUCCAAUGAUAGACACCUACAUGAAGGCAAUUUCUGUCCAGGGACAAACAAAUGUACAAACGGACUAUAUGUUGAAGAUCCUUGGUCUAGAGUCCUGCUCGGAGACAAUGGUUGGAGAUGCCAUGAAUAGGGGUAUAUCUGGUGGACCAAAAAAAAGAUUAACAAUAGGUGAGAUGAUGAUUGGGCCAGCCAGAGCAUUUUUCAUGGAUGAAAUAUCAAAUGGCCUAGACAGUUCCACAACACUUGAGAUACUUUCAUGCAUCCAACAAUUUGUCCAUAUUACAGCUGCAACUGCAUUAAUUUCUCUUCUUCAACCAGCACCAGAGACUUUCGAACUUUUUGAUGACAUUAUUUUGAUCGCGGAAGGGAAAAUAAUAUAUCAAGGGCCGCGGGAGCUAAUACUUGAUUUCUUCGAGGAUUGUGGCUUCAGAUGUCCACAAAAAAAAGGAAUUGCUGAGUUCCUUCAUGAGGUCAUUUCAGAAAAGGAUCAAGAACAAUAUUGGCACCAAAAAGAAAUGGCUUACAGCUUCAUCACUGCAGAUGAGUUCUCAAUGAAAUUCAAGUCCAGCAAUAUUGGAAUGGAGUUACAAGAACAACUCGCAAAAAAACAUCAAAAUCAUGAUUCUGAUACAAAAUUUGCAACGUUUAGCACGAGGUCUACUAAAAAAUGGGAAUUGCUUGGAACUUGUAUGGCUCGAGAACUUCUUAUAAUGAAGAGAAAUUCAUUUGUUCACAUGUUUAAAACAGCUCAACUUAUAAUUCUUGCUGUUAUAACUAUCACCGUCUUUCUACACACGCAAAUGACUGUAGAUUUAGUACAUGCGAGCUACUAUGUUGGUUCACUGCGCUACACCAUUAUCAGGAUUAUGACUAAUGGAAUUGCAGAAUUAACAUUGUCUAUUGUCAGUUUACCCAUCUUUUACAAACAAAGAGAUUUGCAUUUCUAUCCUGCAUGGGCAUAUGCAAUGCCAGCAGCUAUCCUAAAGAUACCCUUUUCUCUGGUGGAAUCUUUCAUUUGGACAGGAAUAACUUAUUAUGCUAUUGGAUACACUCCUGAGAUACAAAGGUUCUUCUAUCAUUUCUUUUUACUCUUUUUGCUGCAUCAAGCAUCAACUUCCCUUUUUCGUUCUAUAGCCUCAAUUACUAGAAUUCACCAUAAAGCGAUGUGCUCAGGCUCUCUGGCAAUGGUGACAUCAAUUCUGUUCGGGGGCUACAUUCUUCCACAAUCCUCACUCCCAACGUGGUUGCAGUGGACCUUUUGGCUCUCACCAACAACAUAUGCAGAAAUAGGGCUAUCUAUUAAUGAGUUUAGGGCACCAAGAUGGCAAAAUUUGUUGCCAGAAAAUGAGACGAUGGGUGAGCAAGUCUUGAAAAGUCAAGGUCUAAGCAACAAAGGAUUAUUCUGUUGGCUAUCACUAGGAGCAUUGUGCAUUCUGACAUUAGUUUUUAACUUUUGUUAUACCAUAGCACUGAGUUACUUACAUAAAUCACAUUUGUGCUUUAUAUUUGUUGCAGGGAGGAUGGUCAUAUCAUUCAAUCCAUUAACCAUGACGUUUCAAAAUGUAAAUUACUACAUUGAUGCACCAAAGGAAGUGACAGAACGUGGAUCUUCAGAGAAAAGGCUGCAACUUCUCCAAAAUAUUACAGGUGCAUUAAGGCCUGGCAUCCUUACAGCUCUGAUGGGAGUUAGUGGAGCGGGAAAAACAACAUUAAUGGAUGUUCUUUGUGGAAGAAAAACAAGUGGCAUUAUUGAAGGAGAUAUAAGAAUUGAGGGAUACCCCAAAGUACAAGCAACAUUUGCAAGGGUGUCAGGAUAUUGUGAACAAAAUGACGUACACUCUUCACAAAUUACCAUUGCCGAGUCAGUUAUGUUUUCAGCCUGGUUAAGACUUCCAGAGGAGAUAGAUCGAGAAACUAAAGCAUUAAUUUUGAUGAAAAAAGGAGGUCGGAUGAUCUAUUCGGGACCAAUAGGUCAAAAUUCACAGAAAAUCAUUGACUAUUUUGAGAGAAUUCCAGGUGUCCCAAAAAUUAGAGAAAACUAUAACCCAGCAACAUGGAUGCUUGAGAUUACUUCAAAAGUUGCUGAAGAAAAGCUUGGCAUAGAUUUUGCUCGUGUUUACACCGAUUCAUCUGCAUAUUGGGAUAACAAAAAACUUGUUGAGCAGCUUAGUAUCCCACCACGAGGUUCAAGUGAUCUUUAUGGCGUUGCAUCACUAUCACAAACCAGAUGGCUACAAUUUAAGUUAUGUCUUUGGAAGCUAUCAUUGUCCUAUUGGAGAAGCUCAACCUAUAACCUGGUGCGCCUCAUAUUUUUGCUACUUAUAUCGGUUCUAUUUGCAGCACUCUUUUGGCAGAAAGGGAAGAAAAUAACAAAUGAGCAAGACUUGUUGAGGAUAAUGGGAUCAAUGCACCUAGCCAUGCUAUUCUUGGGCAUGAAUAAUUGCAACUCAGUUUUACAAAUUAUAGCUAGAGAGCGUGCUGUUUUGUAUAGAGAACUGUCUGCUGGAGCUUACUCUUCUUUCAUGUACUCUCUCGCACAGGUAACAGUGGAAAUUCCUUGUUUAUUCAUCCUUGCAACAAUACACGUAAUUAUUACUUAUCCAGCAGUGGGUUACUACUGGUCUGCUUCAAAGAUGAUGUGGUAUUACUACAUAGUUUUCUGCACGCUUCUUUGCUUUAAUUACCUGGGAAUGUUUAUCAUGUCAAUAAGUUCAAAUAUUCAAGUAGCUUCAAUUGCGGCAGCCGCAAUUUACACAAUUUUCAAUCUAUUCUCCGGAUUCUUGGUACCCAAACCGCUUAUUCCGAUAUGGUGGAAAUGGCUAUAUUAUAUUUGCCCACUACCAUGGUCAUUAAAUGGUUUGCUUACUUCACAAUAUGGAGAUCUCAACAAGGAAAUGAUGGCAUUUGGGAAAACCACAACAGUUGAUGCAUUCGUGGGAAAUUAUUAUGGAUUUCAUCACAACCAACUGAGCAUAGUGGCCUUAACAAUGGCUUAUUAUCCUCUUGUUCUUGCCAGUCUUUUCUCAUUUUGUAUAUGGAAAAUAAAUUUUCAAAGAAGAUAA